CUUUCUUCUUACCAGUUAUCUUUCCCAGGAUAUCUCACCUUUCAGUUGAGAUGGUGUUGGAGGUAGGCGUUGUUGGCGGCGGCGUGGUGGGUCUGACAACGGCCACGCUCCUGCAAGAGGCGUUGACGGGGCAAGAGGCGGUCAGAGUAACCGUGGUGGCCGACAAGUUUCUUACAGACACCACCAGUGAUGGAGCUGCUGGUGUGUUCAUACCCAGCUUGUCCCUGAGGGGACCCACGCCACACGCUGCAAGGGAGUGGCUGAUUAAAAGCUUCAAGUAUUACUCUGAAAUUGCUAAGUCUCCCGAGGCGUCAGCCGCUGGAGUGAAGCGUCUCUCUGGCUACAUCCUCUCUGCCACAGACCCGGAGUACGUCCAGGAUCCCUACUUGUCUGUAUUGACCGAGCAUCGCAUUUUGACACCUGCCGAGAUUAAGGCCAUCCCGGGAGGCUGGCAGUAUGGAUCCUUCGUAUCCACUCUCCUCAUUGAGAACCGCUUAAACAUGCCCUACCUUAUGGAAAAGUUCAAGCGCAGAGGAGGUCGUGUGUUGGAUCAUCGUCUCGAGAGCUUCGAAGAGUUAGUUGACCAGUUCGAUGUUGUCUGCAACUGCUCAGGCCUCGGCGCGAGAUACCUCUGUCAGGACGCCAAUGUAAUGCCUGUAAGAGGACAGAUAUAUCAGGUAAAAGCACCAUGGGUGGAGAAUUUUUUCAUGACUGACAACUUCACUUACGUCAUCCCUGGCAUCAAUCACGUGACUCUGGGAACCACCAACCAGUUAAAUUCUAGCAAACAAGAGAUUGACGAGUAUGAUUCUAUGAACAUCUGGGGAAAGUGUACAAGUCUUGUGCCCAGCCUCCAAAAGGCUCAGGUGAUACGAGAAUGGGUUGGACUGCGACCGUACCGCCCCGUGGUCAGAGUGGAGAGGGAGCUUAUGACUUUCCCCAGCGGAAGAACACUGCAGGUGGUGCACAACUAUGGCCAUGGUAGUUACGGAGUAAUGUCAGCUCCGGGUACCUCCAUGCAAGCCGUCUCCCUCGUCCAGGAGAUCCUAAGCUCACACAAGCCCAAGCUAUAAAGUCAAUGCCACACGAAACCAAAAUGUGACGUCAUGUAAAGACAUAAACUGGUUAUGAUAAUGCAACAAUGUGCGGGUUAUGGUAUUUCAUUAAUGAGAAGUUUUGUCUGGCAAGGACUUGACCAAGCCUCUGGCGAACGAAAAUCUUUCUAAUAAAACACCAUAACCCAUAUUAACAUAUUAUUGGUACAUACUACCAUUGUAUAAUGUACUGCUUAGUGUUAAGUAACCGUAUCAGAUUUAACCAUCUCAAGACUUCCGCCCGGACUGCACUGAAAAAAAACACUGCCAACAAAAACACAAACGGUUUAUCACUGAAAGGAAGACAACAAUCAAGUGGCUAACUUCCCUAGAAGGAUAUGAUCACCAUGACUAAAGAGGAAAUCAAGAACAACAAUAAGCUCCAAAGAAAGCACUACAUACACUCAAAUUCCUACAAGCUUACAACAAAUAAAUUCUGAGCACCGACCACAGCGCCACCAGAACAUGGGACGGUUUAUGUUCGUUAGUUAACAGGGUUUAAAGUCUUUCGACCCGUUCACCACUAGUCAAGAAUGCUUAAACCCUAAAUUAGGGACUAAAGUAAGCUCAACAUAUAUACACAGACAUACACCUCUCGGUGUACAUUUUCAUGUACAUUAUGUUUGCCCAGUCUUGUUUUCAGAUGUGGUGCACCAGGGUAGACAGCUUUUCUUAAGUGGCUACCAAUCAGCUAACACUAGAACAGCAUAAAAGGCAACAUAAUAGGAAAAUGGUAUGUAUGGGAAAGUGCUCAACCUAAAAGUGUCAUUCAAAGGAAACUAUCACAAAACUUACCAAAGUGUAUUAAAGCCGCUUAUCUUGCACUCCCUCUGACCCUUCAGACAGUUUUAUCAUUCACUUCUUAAGUGUGGAUAAAGCCAUUCAUGCACAGUUAAGAUUUCUUCAGAAGCCAUUUGUGGAAAAAAAUAAUAAAAAUUCCUGAAGUGUGCAUGUGUAUCUAUCUACAUUCUGUCAGUAUAAUCAAAACUGUUCGGAUUAUCCAGUUUCUUGAGGGUUGCCCUGAUUACAUAUCAACUUGAUGUAUUUGUUUUUAAGCACAUGUUGUUGUGCUCACUAAUAACCCACGUGGGGACAGAAACUCGGGAGAUUAAUUAAUCUGCAUAUUUCGACCCCCUUCUAGAAUCCUGGCUGGGUAAGUCAGUGGAUGCUUAACCAGUUACGGCUCAUCAUUUGACUAACAUAGAUGUCAAGUAACACUUGUCCAAUCUCCUGACAAAUUAAUCCACCACUUUUCAUACUUCAAAACUAUAUUUUAGAAAUCUGUAAUUGUGAGGGAACUAGUAGUGGAGAAAACACUGCAUGCUAGUGGCUUUCUUUUGUCCCUAAUAUUAUUUUAUUACAUGUUAACUAUUUUCUACAGAAAAUAAAUAGCUUAUUUGUAUUUGUAGGUGAAUGUUGUUAGCUGUAGCUACCUACCUAAUAAAUGUUUUGAUAGCAUUUGUUCUAUAAUGUAUACGAACAACUUCAAGUCCCAUAAGAGUCAUUCAGACAGGUGGUUGCUGGCGCUACGAUGAAUAAGUGUGCAGGUUGAAAACUUAGGUAAAAAGGUCAUCAGAGUUGGUACAAUAAGUCAGGUUCACUUAAGAACUUAGUAAGAGCCCAGGAGAGUCUACUAGAGUUUCACAAAUCUCACAGAUUGUGUUAACUACUUAUAAUCUUAAAUGUAUAAUAGCCUGCAAAAUCGAAUGUAAUGAACCUAAAUAAAGCUUAUAGUAUUUUA